CUACUAAUGUUUGAAAGUUUUGGGUGUCAUUCGGAUAUACAGCGUAGCAGACCGCGUUCUACAGCAGUUAGACGAGCCUGUGUGAGACUGGUGUAAAAAUCAAAAAUUCUUAGUUCUACAAAACGGCGUUAAUUUAGUAAAGUAUUAGUAAUAAAAUCAAAGCAAAAUGGGUCAGCCUCAAAUGGAUUUUGAUGCGGUUUUGGAGAAGUGCGGCAACUUCGGACGCUUUCAGUUCCUCAUAUUAUUAUGUUUCGCGAUGACGAAUAUCCUUUCGUCGAUGCAUUAUUUUUCACAGACGAUAAUUAGUUUUACACCGGAGCAUUGGUGCUAUCAUGAGAAAUUGGCCAACGUCAGCUUUGACGAAAUUCGCGCGGUUUACGCACAAACUGAGAGUCCUCACUGUACACUUCUCGACGAUGUAGUCGAUGGCAAGGCCAUAGUUGCGGAAGUUGGUCAAUGCAGACAAUGGAUCUACGAAUAUGAGAGUGGAUACAGAAGCGUCACCUCGGAUCUCAAUUGGGUGUGUGAUGACGCCUUUCAGUCGGCUGUCGGUCAAUCGCUGUACUUUGUGGGUUCCGUUACAGGAACAGUGUUUUUUGGAUUCUUAGCCGAUAAAGUUGGACGUCUGCCUGCAAUGCUUUGCACAACUUUCACUGGCGCUUUUGGUGAUUUUCUGACAAGUUUUGCUAAUAAUUUGCCAACAUUUGCGCUAUUCCGUUUCAUAUCCGGCUUAUCCACAGACACCUUGUUCUAUCUCAUGUACAUAAUGGUGUUUGAAUACUUGAGCCCACAGAAGCGUACACUCGGCUUGAACCUGAUAACCGGUGUGUUCUAUUUCAUCGGUUUGGCACUCUCACCAUGGUAUGCGCUUUGGUCCGGUUCGUGGCGUAAUUAUUUGUACAUCGCUUCCGUGCCCGCCUUGAUUGCAAUCGUUUACCCGUUUCUGAUUUGUGAGAGCGCACAGUGGCUGAUCGCAACACACCGAUAUGAUCGCACCGUCAAAUGUCUGAAACAUGUUGCCAAAGUCAAUAAGCGCGAAGUGAAAGACGAAGUAUUCGACGAGUUCUUGGCGUAUUAUCAGAAGAAGGAAAGUGAUGAGCGAAAAUUGAAGACCACCAAGGACACCUUCUGGGGCAUGUUCCGCACACCACGCUUGCGCAAAUUCACCAUUAUAAUGGUUAUCAAAUCCAUGAUCAUCUCGCUCGCAGUUGAUGUUGUCAGUAAGAAUAUGGAGGGCAUGGGUACCUCACCAUUUCUACUCUUCUCAGCUACUUCGGUGGUGUAUAUUAUUGGUGGUUUUAGUAUUAUACUGCUACAGAAUCGUAUCGGUCGUAAAGGAAUGGCUUUCAGCACAUUACUUCUAAGCGCAAUUAUUGUUGCGGUUACUGGUUUUCUGACAGCCAUACUCGACACCGACCAGCAUUCCACUAUUCUAGCCAUUAUGGUUGGUCUCGGCCGAUAUGGCGCUGUAGUAAGUUACGAGGCGGAGGCUCAAUACGCUUCCGAAUUUAUACCGACCUCAGUACGCGGUCGUGGCAUGGCCAAUAUACAUGUUGCCGGUUUCGGUUUCACCAGCCUUAGUUCAUAUGUGAUAUACUUGGGCUAUUUCUACAAACCACUGCCGUCCAUCUUUGUCGCCAUAAUAUUGUUUUUGGGUGCAAUCUUAUGUUUGACGCUACCCGAAACGAUGAACCAGAAAUUGCCCGAGACCUUGAAAGAUGGCGAGGAGUUUGCGCGACACCAACGCUGGUACUACUUCCCAUGCUUCGAUAGGAAGAAGGAGUGCAAAGAUGCUGAAAUCAGCGAUAGAACCUAGGGUUCAACUAGUGUGCGUGUGUAUUUGGGAUUUUAUUAGAUGAAAUUUAAAUUUUACAUCACAGUUCAGACGAAGAUGACUGUCAAAAAUGUGUGCUAUGAUAUAUUUAUAGGAACUGUUGAAACUAAAAUUAUACACUAUUUUAUUGUGUUUAUUUUAUGUUAAUUAUUGUGUGCCUUGUUGAGCGUGUAUAUUGCAAUUUGGUUUACUUCUUUAUAAGUGUUUAAUAAAAAAUGUUAAGAUAUAGUA